AUGCGAUUGGCCGUUCGGCCAGGUCACGUGACUCGCACGCUGCCCACCGUUCGUUUGCAUCUGCCUUCCCCGCGCUUCUCGCUAAUCACAUUUCUCGCUUUAGCCGCGAAAAUUCAAUUCUUGUUCUUAAUUAGAUGCGUAUUUCCUAUUCCAUUAUUCAAAGAUCACCAGUCCCGAAUUAAUAAUCCCAUUAGACAACUUGAUUUGCGCUUCGGAUAUGAAACGUCAUCGUUGGCUCUCAAUUUCGGGAAACUAACAGGUGCACCAAGGCGUAUAUGUUGUCUGUUGCAUUUGCAAUUGUUUCAUUCCUUUAGUUCUUUCUUUCUUUCUUUCUUUCCUUCUUUCUACCAAUUGGAUGAAGAAAGACUUUUUUCAUUAUCUAUCUAUCUAUCUAUCUAUCUAUCUAUCUAUCUAUCUAUGUCAGUUCAUGUUUAUAUAUCUAUUUUAGUAUAUUCAUAUCUAUCUAUCUAUCUAUGUAUCUAUCUAUCUGAAUAUUUUCAUUAUCUAUCUAUCUAUCUAUCUAUCUAUCUAUCUAUCUAUCUAUCUGAGUAUUUUCAUUAUCUAUUUUCUAUCUAUCUAUCUAUCUAUCUAUCUAUCUAUCUAUCUAUCUAUGUCAGUUCAUGUUUAUAUAUCUAUUUUAGUAUAUUCAUAUAUAUCUAUCUAUGUAUCUAUCUAUCUGAAUAUUUUCAUUAUCUAUCUAUCUAUCUAUCUAUCUAUCUAUCUAUCUAUCUAUCUAUCUAUCUAUACCUCUGA